CGCGGCCGCGAGGAUUUCUGAUCGGUGUCCACUUUAGAAUGUAGAUGAAGGAUCGCUGACGAGAAAUGGAUUUGUUUAUUAUUCUUUGUCUGCUGUUUGUAGAUGAAGGCUUUUCUGGGACAACCCAGGAUGUUUGCCCUGGCCAGCCUGUCACCAUCCGAAAAGUCACAAAUUAUUAUGAUUUGUUUUUUGAACCGAGAGGAUCGAGCGGCCCUGAGAGGCACGUGGCAAACAGGACUCAUAUCCUUCUCCCUUCUUAUCAGUUUAAAGACGGAGACGUACUUAUUCCUGAAGUAACACAACAACAUGCAGGCUAUUAUUUCUGGUCUACACCUACAACAUUGGUGUCGAGGUCUCAAAGUGUCGAAGUCUAUGUCAAAGCUUGUGCCAAGGAGAGGGAAGCAUACUAUGGAAAUGAGUUUAUUCUGGAGGUGCCAAAGAAGGCGUCCAUAUUGGAGUUCACUACUGAACAGUCGACUGACCGCAGGGUCCUGUGGAGUCGUAUCAACACAGAUAACAAGCGCGGAGCCAGGGGAACAGUGACAGGUGAUCGCUGGAAGGCCGCCAAGAUCACCUACCCUGAUGACGGCCGCUAUACUUUCCGGAAGGAGAACGGGGUCGAGGUCUCCAGCACUAAUCUCUAUGUUCGAGAAAACCUGGAAUAUUACGAUGUGAGGGAUGUUUCCUACCUGGAAAGCAAGCCCCUAGUUCCCAUGAACGAGGCAGAGGUUACGUUUAUCGAUUCAUCGCAGAUGGAGUAUCUUCUCUUUUACCGUGGCUCUCAGCUGGAUAGAGCGUUCCAGAUGUUUCAGGAUCGGUUGCGCCUACAGCCAUCACCAAGUGGUCAACUGGAACUCAGUAUUAUGGGCCUGAAAUCAAGUGAUGUGGGGCGAUUUGAAGUCAAGGACAGAAAGGGCCUUGCCCUGGUCAUAUGGCUUUCUGAGAGAGUGGACAUGACUGUGCCCAUUGCCGCUGGUGUUGUGGGCGGUUUGGUGAUUCUUACAUUGAUCAUCUGUUGCUGUGUGAUGAGGUCUCGCAAAAAGAGAGAUGCUGCCCCUGUCGCUUCACCACCACCAGAGUACCAACCACCCAUCCAUCAACAUAGGGAUGCUGCCCCUGAUGCUUCACCACCACCAGUGUACCAGCCGCCCGUCUAUGUCCAUGAUCCUGUUGUAAUAUAUGCACCAGGCUGCCCUCCUCAGCCUCAGCCUGCGGCCUCAGCUGGAGGAGGAGGAGGAGGAGGCAUCCACCCUGCCCCUAGUGCCCCACCAGACCCUGGGACCCAGUAUGGAGGUCAGGGAGACUUCAGCUGAAGUCCUCUGAGCACGGACAACAACACUGCCACCGGUGCCUACAACUCAGACAAGCUCGACUUGUGAGAAAAGCACCCAAGAAAAAGUUCAAGAAAGGUUUACAUUUCACUCUUUACGCUUUAUUUUACACUUUCUUUUUCCAAAACUACUUACAGUGCAGUAGAGUUGCAUAAGGACAUGUAGUAAAAGUGCAUGGAUGUCUACUCCUUGGUUAUCAAAUUCAAGACCUCAGUGGGGUCGGCACUUGGCAUUGUUAGCACCUAGUUGUAUUCGUUUGGCCACAUGCACUCCUGAAUGAAGAUCAAAACCUGCAUUUAUGAUCACACAGUGGAAGUCAUAGAUGUACAAACGCACUUUUGUUUACAUUCAAGUUUGGCCGUGUCCUACCUCACAAAUGGACCUUAUGCACGAAAGUUUCCAUUGGAGCCAGGUGUGUUUGAACCUGCCGCUGUUGUUAGUGUAAUUGGCGUCUGCCUGCACCUGAUUGGUUGUUGCACCUAGUGAAUCCGCAUGUUACGAUGUAAAAGGAUUUACAGUAUGCUUGUGUUAAAAUUAUUACUCUUGGGGGCGCUGUGGCACCGCAGGCUACAGCGCCCGUACCAUUUACGGGUCCGAGUGCCCACGGGGACCCAGGUUCGAAUCCGGCCUGCGGUCAUAUCCUCUUCACUGUCCUAUACUAAUAAAGGCAAAAAGGCCAAAGAAUAUACUUAAAAAAAAUCUUGGGCAAACAAGAUAUUCAGUGUUGGAGUGAACAUGUAAGCAGCAGAAUAUGGCAGAAGAUGCCAUGCUAACGCUCCACUGGAAAUAAAUGAGCUGCCUAAACAGCCUUCCGUGCAUAAGGUCCAUUGUCUGCAAAAACGUCCAAAUCAUGGACAAGUGUCAGGGUCCACAGUUUAUUUGCUGUAGUCAUCAGGUUCUCUUCUAGAUAUCUUCAGUCUUGAGACUUAACAUUGACAUUAAAUGCCAAGUUAGGAGAUUGGAUGAGAAUACUGGUUUACACCUAUACUAUGGUUAGUUAACUUUAACCCUAACCCAUCAGGAACAGAUCAAAUAAAUAGAAUGGAGAUUGAAUUAUGAAGUGUUUCUGUUAAUAAUUGAAUAUUUUUUUAUUGUAGUGAUCAUAUUUGCAAUUGUACUUUAGAUCAGGGGCCGGUUUCCCGAUAACGUUCACUCUUAGCGAGCUACGAAGACUCCAAAGGUAUAACUUACCAAAGUUGUUUACCUUUCUAGUCGUGGUUCCCGAACUAUCACUUAGGAGUCUUCUUACGAAAAGCUCCUUACGUCCGACAUAUAAGGCACUGUCCACCAUGAAGGUGCUGAAUUAGGUGACAUCGAUUGCUCAGAAAUCGAUUUUUUAUUUCACGCGGAGGCUUGACAGACUUAUGAAAGCGUUCUUUGCACCAAAAAACAUUGCUUAUAAUAGCCUAUCGCCCCCACAACAUUCACGCAACUUCAACGUGGAUGAAUUUAUUAGCACACAAUGUUAAAAAAAGUAGUCUAGAAAUUAAAUGAUGUACGUCCGCCAAGUAGGUUAUGUUUUCAUCUGGGUUUGUUUGUUGGUGUGUUAGUUUGUUUCCCGCAUGGAUAAAAAGAUUCGAACGCUUCAUGUUUGAAAGCAGAGGUCUGCGCUCUCUGAGUGCUUUUCUAGUUUGUUUGUUUGUUUGUUUGUUUGUCCGUUUGUUUGCAAGAUAGGCUAGCUCUAAAAGUUAAAGAUGGAUUUCGAUUAAAUUUCCAGGGAAGAUCUGAAAUGACCCAUGGAAGAAACUAUUUAAUUUUGUGAGUGAUUCGUAUCACCGUCUGGAUGCAGGAGGCGUAGGCUACAUGUGUUUGCUUGGGGGAGGUUUGUGCUUUUCUAGUUGAAAUAGGCUAUGUAGACUUUUUUUAAUCACAGCUGAUUGACCAACAUCCUCAUUCAGUAUUGUGUGCCUUUGGUUAACAUUAAACAUGACAGCAAGCCCGCACAUUAGGCCUAAACAUUGUAGGACGCGGUGGGGGGAAGCAAAGAAUAAAGCGCUUUUAAUUAUUUUCAAAUGCGUGCACGUUUCAUAUUUGUAUGAAAAAAUUUCCAGAAAUAUUUUCUAAAUUAGCAUACUUACAUAAAAUCAUUGGCGAACCAAAAUAGUGAUUUUGUAUCAUAUGAGUUGCAUGCGUAACGGAAAUUGCUGUAGGGUACAGUGGCGGCGACUAGCGUCGCGAGUCGAAACAUUGCUAAGGUGCAGCUAAGAGAGAUCUGAGAGUGCUCCAGACCACUCUUACCAACGAACGACGUGCGAAAGACAUUCGUAGCAAAGAAGGUUUCGGGAAAUGCGUGAGGUACUUAAGGUAGAGCUUAAGAUAGAGGUUACGAACUACGUAGCGUUAAGAAGGCUUCGGGAAACCGGCCCCUGAUCAAUAUAAUGGUUAAAAACAUUUCACAGAUUGCUCAAUUCACCCCUAAUGUAGGUUAAGGUUAAGCCAUAAUACCUCUCUUUGAGUUAAGUGCAAAUCUUGCUCUUAUUAAACAAUAUGAAUUAUUAAUAAUUCAUUUUAAAUGAUUGAUAUUAAGAAACUUUUUUGAACUUUUGCUGCAAAAUUCAACACUCGCAAACAUAAGUACCAUUAUUACCCUAGUUAAAGUGAAAAUACGAUUUAAAAUAAUAAUCUCGAUUAUGAUUAAAAAUCGAUUAAUUGCACAGCCCGACUGUAUUGAUAUAAUUGUGUGCACAAAAUAUUGCGAUACUGAACAGAAUCAAUCCCCCUCAUACAUGGGUGUGUCAACUUGUGUGUGCGUGUAUAUUAUCAGGCCAAACAUUCAAGCGUAUGUCAACUUUUGAUCAAAGCCAUUGUGUGAUUUCAGUUAUCAUUAUUAUCAAAGCAACAUUAAAGCACUUUUCCUCUGUCACACGCACACUAUUUGUUCAUCCAACAAAUAACGAUGUCCACAGAUAAGCUAGAGAAUGUUACAGGAUUUUAGGAAAGCAUGAUGUAACGUGACAUCGAAAGCAAGUCAAAUUUUCGCAAAGCGAAUGCAGAAGUGCCGUUCAGCCUGUUACGAGUUGAUGAACCAAUUAAAUUAUUUUGGAAACAUUAUUUUAAGGGACAGAAAACUCUUUAUUAGUGUUGCUUAAGGUUUCAUGCAUGAUCAGUCAUAUGUUCCACAAGCUGGUCAAUAUUUCACAAAUUGUGCCAGGUUGAGCACAACUGCGUCAGUGCCUUAUUUUGCCAAUCUUGGCAUCAGGUGAUACAAUACUUCUAUUCUAUAUUACAGAUGCUUUCUAUUGUUAUGUUUCAUGACUGUUACAACGUUACACUACACGGUUUUAAACUUUUGAUUGUGUGGUUACCUUUUGAACUGCAUUUUUGUUUUGUUUUUUACAAAUAUAGAUUUUUGUGUGUUAGUAAAUGAUGAAAAUGUGUUUAGUAAAUGUGCUGCCAUUAUUUGUGACAAGACAUGGUGCAUGGUACACGAUGGGAGUGUGUUUCUACACCAAGUGCCAAUCAUAACGCUAUGCUGUACUGCCUUAUUAUUUAGCAUAAGCCUUAUUGGUUUAAUUAAAGGGCAACAUACUUUUGUACCAGUUACAUGUAUUACUUGAAAUGCAAUUGGACACAUUAGUUAACUAGCAGUAAUGAAUAAAAAAAAAUAGUUUAGAAAUAGAUCUGAAUUUAAUGUAUAUGUGCCCUAUGCGUACAUUAAAUUCAAGAAUGUGCAUGCCAUUUUAUCUGUUCAUCAUUGAAAUAAAACAUUCUUUACCAUACUUUGUAUUCAUCACUGGCUUGUCAAUGAAUUACUGAUUGGGUAGGACCUUUAUGUAGAUGUACAGUAUGUUGGUGAUGUACUGUAUGUACAGUACUAUAACCCAUGUUUUAAGUAGCCAAUAAGAAAAGGAGGAGCUUUUCUGCA